ACCCUAAAUUCACCACAAACCCCAGAGUCCAAUUACUUUCUUCCUCUCUCUCUCUCUCUCUUCUAUCCACUCUCUAUUUAUAACUUCAAUUACGAGGGACACAGAUAAAUAGGGCUCAUUCAAUUUUAUCCCAAUUCACAAUCCUAAUGUUUUGAUAAUUGAAGCUCAUGACAGAAGUGAGUGCGGUUGUUUAUCAAAUUAGGCCCCGCUGAGUAAAUGAUUUGGUCGUUAAGGUGGAGACAAUGGCAUUGGUUACCCAUCAAAUGCAGGGUUCGUUUGUGACAUAUCCGUCCAGGCCUUUGUCAUGGAGCAAGGGGAUGAAGUUGAAGCGGUGUCUAACAACACUUCACAUUGUUGGGAGAACAGAGAGUUGCUCUAUUAUAAAGCACAAUAUUUGUUUCAGUGUAGGGGCUUCUCCCAUGCGUGGACCAAAACUUAAACCAUUGAGAGUUUCAGCCUUCAAGGGCAAUGCCCAGAAUGAUAAAUCUGGAGGUAGAAAAGGUGGAUCAAAGCUUCCUAAGAAUUCAGUCAAACUAAAAGAGAAUGAGGAUACCAAAGCGGGAUCUCCCCAGGCAAAUGAUAUCCCUAUUUCCUAUGCCUCUGAAGCAAAUGAGAGUAUUGCAUCUUCCCCUGCCAUACAUAAUCUGUUUAAGAAAUGGUUGAGAAUGCUCCGAACGCAUUCAUCAGGUGAAGUAGUAGAUGGGAUUUUGGGAGAAGAACCUCCUCAAAAGGUGAUAUCAGAAACUGAGCAUGAGACUCAAAACGAGGAGAGAGAUGGUAUUCUAAGGAUGGUUUGGUGCAGUUUUCUCAGUCUAAAUGCUACAAUAAAAAUACCCUUGCUUAUCUUCAUCCCCUCGUACCUGGCAGUGAAUAUACUUUAUGGCGCCGAAGUUUCAAAGGAGUUAACUCCUUUGUGGGUUCUGGGACCCUUCAUUGCAGCUCUCUACAUCAAGAUGCUUCAGUGGUUGUGUGCGCUCUAUGUUUUCAGCUUUAAGCAGACUGUUAAAGUAAUCAAGAACUUGCCCACUUAUUACCUGGUGGCGUAUAGAUACAUUUUUCAUGGGAAGCUUAAAGAGGAUGUAUAUGCUCGUUUCUGGCAACCUGUAGUUGACAUUAAGAAUUUAGAUUACAAGAAACUGUCCAGAAGAAAGCUGAAAGUAUUACAAGAGUUAAUAGUGGAGAAGUACCUUGAUUUUGUGGAAUCAAUAUGGCCAUAUUAUUGCAGAGCAAUCAGAUUCUUAAAGAGGGCUAAUCUCAUUUAGAAGAGAAGUCCUUUGUUAGAUCAAUCGGCUGAAGUUGGAGUUGCUCCUGAUGAUGGUUGAAAAGGUAUUGAGUUUCUUUCAAGGAGCUAGCCAGUCCCAUUUUAGAUUGGGUUUCAUCUUGAUGUCUAGCUAGUCAACAAUCACGACAAGCAGAUUUGUCCGGGUUUUUGUAAUUUUUUUUGUAAGGCAGCAUUAGCAUUCUUAUUUUUGGAUGAGGUCCGUAUUAUUUUGCUUAUGUAAUGUAUUCAGCUGCUGCGAAUGUUCUUGAGGUUCCAAAAUGAGAAAGUAUCUUCAUUUCGA